UUAAGUAAUUGAGUCUCUCGGGAAAUAAGCAAACUUAUGAACUAACAGAUCCAAGUAACGAAGUGAUCAUAAGACCUCAAAAGGGUUAGCGCAUGAGAACUGAAAGGGUUACCAACUACCAACUAAGAAAUGGCAGGUGAAGGAGAAGAAUGGGUCAAGCACUACAGCAGCUCCCAUAGGAUGUUACUUGUUGGAGAGGGUGAUUUCUCCUUCUCUGCUUGUUUGGCCAGGGGUUUUGGCUCAGCUAAGAACAUGAUCUCUACUUCCCUUGAUUCCAAAGGAAUCUUAAUGGUGAAGCACCCAACAGCAAGGGCUAACUUGGAGGAAUUGGAGAAACUGGGGUGCAUCAUUCUUCAUGAAGUAGACUGCCACACUAUGACUAGACACCCUUUUCUCAAGACUAUGAAAUUUGAUAGAAUAAUCUUCAAUUUUCCUCAUGCGGGUUUUCAUUAUCAAUCCGAACUUGAGCAAGAGCAAAUCGAGUGAGUUAUCAAUUAGUUGCUUUUCUUCUGUUUAUAUUCUCUCAUGUGUGUGUGUGUGAAAGAAGCCAAAUGCUUCUAUACUUUCGAUUUCUUCGGUUUGGUUUUUUCGAGUCACUCCCAUUGGCCCACA